AAAUAGAGUAGAGAAAGCCAGAGCUCUGUGAUUCAACAAAAACAACGAUUGAACAGUCACCCAAUCCGCAGCAGUCCACCCAGGGCCAAGGCGACCUCCGCGGCUCCGUCCUCCGUGACCUCCUUAUAGGGCUCCAGGCCUGCCACCGAAGCGCGCCAGCAGUCCAGCCUUGUUAAGCCGUUCAUCACUUCAGCACCGCUGCACCGCACGCGGUCUACUCGCCACAGCAGAUACAAGGGAACAUUGAAAUUAGCCCGACUUUUUAAUCGGAAACUUGCUAGACCAACAUAUUUGUUUUCUUGAAGAAUUCGGGACAAUGACAGAAUUACAGAAGGGGACAAACAAACGAAAUAUUGGGAGCAAGAAAAAAAGUGGAAAAACGAGGAAGAAGCAGAAGGUGAUGCCAUUUAAUGAGAAAAAAACUAAGAUAGGCAAUAAAAUGAAGAAGCUAUUUGAAAAAAGGGCAAGAGAGUACAAUUCGGAUGAGGAUGAUGAUAAGAAUGAUGAAGAUGAAGAUCCUACUCAGGUGGCGGGAGACACGUCAUUACAUGGUGAUAACGAUGAAUUUGACGACAACUCUUUUGAUGACAAGGAAGGAGAUGGCAGGGAAGAAAAUGGUGAAUCAGAAGACGAAGGUGGGGAAAUUCAGCCAGGAAUUACCAAGUUCAUGGAGGGAUGUAAGGCAUUCAAAAUGGCCUUCAAGAAAAUACUAAAAAGCACUGCUUCUGAUGAUAUAUUGGGUCCGGUGUUAUCAGCACAUAAGAAGCUUGUAGCAGAGAAGCUUGCUGAAGAAGAAACAGAAUGGAAAGUGAAGGGUGAUGCAAAGAAGGAGAAACACUUGAUCGGAGAAAAGAAUCACGUCAAACCUGCUAACUACUUGGAUAUUCAUGAAAAGUUUCUGAUAGGAAUUGCUACGAAAGGAGUGGUCAAGUUGUUCAAUGCUGUUAACAAGGCUCAACAUGCUCAAAGAGGCUUAAAUCCAUCAAGGUCAAAAGAUGAAAAAAUAAUAAAGAAGCGAAAGAAAGAUGCUUUUUUGUCUGAGUUAGGGAAGACCUCAUCGCAGUCUCCAGCUAGUGUUUUUCAAAAGGGUGAAACUUCUUCUGUUGGGUCAAAAGGUAAAGAUGGCCCUGCUUGGGCUCCAUUGAGGGACAAUUACAUGAUAACCACGAAUCCAAAGUUGAAAGACUGGGAUAAAAAGCAGGAUAUGGCAACAAGAGAUGACUUUGGGAUGCAUGUAGACUCAGAUUCGUCAUCGGGUGAUGAUCUUAAUUAGUUUCUUGGAUGUUUAGAUGCAGCGUUUAAGCUUAGUGACCAUCAUUUGCUCACUACAGUGAGAUUAACCGUGAUGGCAGCAUGAAAUUAUAUCGUCAAGAACAUUGAUUAUUUUAUUGGGCAUCAGGCGCUUGCUGUUCCUUUUAAUAUGAACUCUGUACAUUUUUUUUUACUCUGAAGUAUGAUUACAUUACAUUGAUAUG